AUUCAUUCCAGUUCCCCCCGGGUACCGCCUCCAUUCUUUUUUAUUUUAUUUUACCAAUUACCCAUUUUCCAAAGCUUCGUUUGCUAUUGCGCUCCUUCGUUUAAUAUUGACAUUCGUUGUCGGAAAAUAAAAAGCAAAAAAAGAAAGGAAACCGAUAAAAAGUAGGGGUUCGGCCACGAGCAGGACACGCCGUGGCGUUUUACCUGGGUCUUACAUUAGCGUGGGAACCGGCUCUCUGGUAAAUCAAGCUUCGUCGCAUCCGUCCUGCGUCGCUUUGGUAGCACCAACUAAAUCCCACCAACUCGUCGUUGGAACUUUGUCCUUCUUUUAUCUACCUACCCGCCCGUCUCCUCGCCUCGGAUUUGGUCCAACAUGUUCGACAACUUCGCCUUCAACCAGAAGGCCGACUCUGACACGACUUCAGACGACGACAACUCACCACCUUCUCCGAAAAGUAAAUCUUCCGAACAACCAUCUCCAACGAUGGCCACGCUUGCUACUCCGAUAGGUGCCUUAUUCAACCAAGAUGGCGAUCGCAUAGAUUGUCUUGUUCGAAAAAUGAGCCAACAAACCUUUGUGCGCGACUCUCGAUCUACAUUGUCAUUUGGGCUUCGAAACUGCGAGGCGGAUUCCAAUUUGUCAGCGGACCGAAUGUCAGCAGAAAUACAGAUAGAAGCGACCUCAAAAUUUUCCGUGACCGAGACGCCAACAGAAGCCGAUCCCAACCAACCAAUCGUUCCCGCAAUCGAUAGUCACACAGCACAAUUGCAGCAGCAAACAUACUACGGGACUCUGGAGAACCAUGCUGGGCAUCUCGUUGCCAGUGAAAGCUCUAAUCUAAUAGUCCCCGACGGUGGGAUACCUUGGCGACAACCCGAAAUGCGUCCUAAUAACGGCACUUCCAAUCCUCGCACAUUAGAUCUGUUGACGACUAUGGUUGAGAACGGAGUGCAGUGCAACGUGCAUGCCUCAAGACCUACGAGCCCUAUGCCAUCGCCCUACCCGCUCUCUUCUAAUUUAAUACCACCUUCUUCCGAACCCAUUCAAUUCAAGAAACCGGACUACAACAUUAAUCCACGAUUAAUGCACGAUAGCAAUAUGGAAUUAGAGGUUGACCUGAACUUCUGUAAUGGAAACGACGACGACGAUACAUAUUUUAGUGGUCCCCCGGCUUUAAGAGACGCUAGCACUCCAGCUGGCAUCAGGAAAUUCGGAUAUCUUAAGUACAGAUCAUCCUACGAGGCAGCUGCGAAAUGUAAGAAUAUGAGGAAGAAUACACCAAGGAUGCGCAAGAGACCGAAGGUCACACGACCAUCGGCAUCAGCGGCAUCUACUAGUGCGGCCAGUUCGACGACCCUUUGAUUUUGAAGAACAUUUGUUUUAUGUAUAGCUUGCUUAGAUUUGUUGCAUAUACCCCACGGCAGGAAGCAGGCGUUACAAGGUGGGCAGAAGGACAUAUCAUGUCAGUUACGGGAAAUGCAUUACAUCGGGCUCAUCGGCGAAUGAGCAGGUCAUGUCAGGCAUUUAUGGGAGUUGGAAGCAUUUGAUUUGGCAUCGUGGAACAAGUUGCAUAAGUCAUUCAAGGCUUGUGUAUAGCAGGGAGCGAAAUUUUGUGGCUGAUUUGAUUGGUAGACGGGAUUGUGAUGUUGGAGAUUCUAGGAGAUCGUUACAUCUCGCCUCCACAGGAACUUCGUCACGUGUGUAAAAUGGCGGACGAUUUAUAUGUUUACGAUACAGAAGUGUACAUGAUUAACCCAGAGGGGAGGUACGCUUCAUAGCUACCUAGUACCCAGUAAAUAGUUCUAAUUAAGCACCUUUUUCAAUAGGGGAC